CGCUGCCAGUGUGACGUAUAAUCUAGUGGACGGGACGCUCCUUCAACAACAACAGCUAGUCAGACACCUCCGUAGCUUUCUAUCAAACAUAGCUACAACAUUCACCCGCUUUACACUGUUUUGGUGUAUAUUAGUCGCUGUGUAUUAAACACACUUCUGUCGUAUGUACUUGUUAGCCCAUUUAAUUAUAUAUUCACGUUGUUUGUCAGCUAGCUGGUUUGCUAAGUUAGCUUAGAACUAAGCUAGUCGCUAAUGCUAGCUAGCUAACAUCUCCGACCAUGAGUUCACUAAGCUACUCUCCUCCUACUAAAGAAGAGGUCUGCUGGAUGGAGAAAGAAGCUCUCGUUAAAGAGGAAGAGAAAGAUGUUACAAUACAAAAACAAGUAGAGACUGUUACCGUGAAAGAAGAAGAGAAAGACGUUACAGUGAAAGAAGAGGAAGACGCGUUCAGAGUGAAAGAGGAGGAGGAUGUUACAAUAAAAGAAGAGGAGGAAGAGAAAGAGGAGAGAGCAGUUUUUGGAGUGAAAGAGGAGGCGGGGGAGAUGACUGUCACAUUGAAAGAGGAGAAGGAGGAAGAAGAGGAGGUUGGAGAUCUGUUUAACACCAGAGAGAGACGCGACUAUUGUGGUUCCUUUGCGGAGCCUCAACAACCUCAUGAUGCUGACGAGGCAGAGAAGAGUCUCUCCAGGCCAGAACACCUCAAGAAACACCAGCAGAGAUCCACAGGGAAGAAACCUCACUGCUGCUCUGACUGUGGGAAGAGAUUCACCUCAUCAGGCAUUAAAAUUCAUCAGGGAACACACACAGGAGAGAAACCUUAUAGCUGUGGUCAAUGUGGGAAGAGAUGUACUACAUUUGGCCAGCUGACUCAACACCAGAGAAUACACACAGGAGAGAAAUCGUAUAGCUGUGGUCAUAGUGGGAAAAGUUUUGGUGCAUCUAGAGAUCUGACAGUGCACCAGAGAACACACACAGGAGAGAAACCUUAUAGCUGUGAUCAAUGUGGGAAGAGUUUUACUACAUCUGGCAAGCUGACAUUACACCAGAGAACACACACAGGAGAGAAACCUUAUAGCUGUGUUCAAUGUGGGAAGAGUUUUAGUCAAUCUAGCACUCUGACUCUACACCAGAGAAUACACACAGGAGAGAAACCUUGUAGCUGUGGUCAAUGUGGGAAGAGUUUUACUCAGUCAACCAGCCUGACAUCACACCAGAGAAUACACACAGGAGAGAAACCUUAUAGCUGUGGUCAAUGUGGGAAGAGUUUUACAACAUCUAGCAAUCUGACCGUACACCAGAGAACACACACAGGAGAGAAACCUUAUAGCUGUGAUCAAUGUGGGAAGAGUUUUAGUCAAUCUAGCACUCUGACUCUACACCAGAGAAUACACACAGGAGAGAAACCUUGUAGCUGUGGUCAAUGUGGGAAGAGUUUUACUACAUCUAGCGUUCUGACUCUACACCAGAGAACACACACAGGAGAGAAACCUUAUAGCUGUGGUCAAUGUGGGAAGAGUUUUGGUCGAUCUGGCCACCUGACAUCACACCAGAGAACACACACUGGAGAGAAACCUUAUAGCUGUGAUCAAUGUGGGAAGAGUUUUACUACAUCUGACAAGCUGACAUUACACCAGAGAACACACACAGGAGAGAAACCGUAUAGCUGUGGUCAAUGUGGGAAGAGUUUUACUACAUCUAGCAAUCUGACUGUACACCAGAGAACACACACAGGAGAGAAACCUUAUAGCUGUGUUCAGUGUGACAAAAUACAUACAUGAUGGAGUUAUUUUGUGAUAUCAAUGAAUUAUUGUCACAAUGUAGAAUGUUUUAACAUUGUAGUAUGAGUAUUUUAAGGAGUUUCUCAAUGUAGAACCCUAAUUCAAUUGGUUUCAGCGUGAUAUGGAUAUUAGCCUUGGGAAAAAUCCAGGCUCUGAAUGAAAAGAGUACUAUUUAUGUGAUUUAACAAAAAGUGACUAACACAAAAAGAGCUUUUGUUACACUUACCACGUUGGUGACCCACUUGAAUCAAAAUGCAACGCUUCUAAAUGUAGCCAACUGUUUUCUACAAAUUGUCCUCUAACCAGGGAUGUACACAUUUCUCCCAGAUUCCGUGUGGUUUUUGAGCUGUUAGUUUUAACAGGACGUGCAACCUCAUAUCCCUUCUGUCACACAAUUGAUUUCAACGUGAUAUCGAUGAGUGAUGACAAAUAUGUGUUGUGUUCCUUUGUUUAGUGACCCCUAAAUUUAAAUGCAUCACUCCCAAAUGUAGCUGACUGUCUUCUGCAGGUUGUCCUCUAACCAGUGAGGCGAAAUAUAUCUCCCAUUUCCAUGUGUUUUUUUAGUUGUUCGUUUCAACAUCAUGUACAUCCUGAUUUCCCCCCUAAUCGAUAUCAGUAAUUUAUACAUAUUACUUUAUGUUCUAUAUUAUACAUACAAUACAUAUGAACAGACAUUUGGUUUUGAUAUUUCAUAUUUCCAAUUCAUGUAACAUUUAGUAAUCAUAAUUAUUUAAGUAAUCAACUGACAAUUUUCGGGUAUAAUUAUAUUGACGUUGUUGCCCUUCUUUUAGAAUAUCAGGGUUCAUUCUCAGAUGUGCCAAACCAAAUGUACUAGAGCAUGACAUUGGGGACUGGGUCUUCCUGUCUUUAAGUUUGGUGUGGGUUGUUCUUUAGUUUUGCUCUUCUUGGGCAGAUUUAGUGGGUCUCAUUGUGGGUGUCUUUUAUGUCCCAGUUGUUGUUACUAGUCAACUUUCAGUGGACACUGAGAGCUAAACUGCAACAUUAUGUUAUAAUACUUUUAUUGCAUCAAAUGGUUGUUUUAUGCAACAGAAUAGAGGGUUCUUAGAACUAUUGUGUCUGUGUGUUCUACUGAGGAUGGGCCUCUGGGAGAAAACACUGACAGGAGAUUUACAAUGUCUUUUGGGUGAUAAAACCUAAAGAGACCGCAUUCCAGAGCAUGAGUUAAUGUUUCUGUUCUAUAUGGUACCAGGGAGAGAUGACCCCAGGGCCAGACCCUGGUCUCUACACAAAGAGUACUGUUUUUACAGUAGAUACUGUCUGCUGAGAAUUAUAGGUAUCUUUCAUACAAAUCUUAACCUUGUGACCCGUUCUAUACAUCUGUUGUUCGUCAUGUAGGUUGAAAGGGGUGUAUCUUGGCUAUAAAAGACCUUUGUACUUUCGUCCUGUGGGUCAACCAGCCAUCAUUAUCGUAGGGCACUCAAUUGAUUCACUUUAUAUGUGUACGUUGUAUUUACCUGCUCCCUUAUUAAUAAGUGAAUAAAGAUUUAGUUUAAG